AUGGAAGAAAUUAUCAGAACAAAUCAAGAAUUAUGCAAACAGUUAGCAGAAGAUGAUGAGAUUAUAUCUGAAUAUAAGGCUAGAAUUAAAUCCCUAGAACGAGAUCUUGAGUACUCACUUGAAGAUAAGAUUUUGACUCUUAAAGCAAGAAUAAAAGAGAUUACAUUGCACCAAAGAAAAAUGGCAUUAAAUACUCCUCAACCACCUGCUCCAAAUGAGUUAAUUGAUCUAUAUGACAAAGUUCUUGAUAACAAUGGGCAUAUAGAUGAUUAUAGUAAUGGUGAUACUCAAAUAUGGGAUAUAUUGAGCGCACAAAAUAUUAGAUCAAUGAGUAGACAUACUGCCCAUGUAGAGCCACUUAUAAGCAAAUUGUUGCUUCUGGAUGUAAGAAUGACAGGAUUUGCUAAAUAUAAAUUUGCAGGAUUGCUUAAUUGA